AUGUCCUCACAGGACAGUGAAAGCUGGGGGAAUUCGAGACAACAUUAUCAGUAUUCGGAUGCUUCCGAGGAGCAUAGGCCAGAGGCGACAAAAUUAAAAUCUGAAUGUUUUCAAAACGCUGGUCGCACCUCUCCAAAUCGUCGCCGUGACUCCCCAGCGAUACAGCAGGAAAGUAGUGACUUUGCGACAACAUCAGAUUCGCCUGUGCCUUGCCACUACAGCCAACGAGGGCCUGCAAGUCAAAACGCACAGCAGAAGGGGAAGGAUAGAGGUGAUGUUUUUUGCUCGACGGUUACGUCUUCAGACCUGUUUCCCACUGUUGAACUCGGCCCACGGAUGCUUCCGACUAACUCCACGUCAAUGAAAGGAGGACGUUACGCCGCAGGCGACAGGUUACCCCAGACGCAGGAAACAGAUAAAACUGACAAACCUGUACGUAACAGGUCUGAGCGCUCCGAAGGAACACCUCUUCCCAACUGUGGAACCGCACUUCGCGAUGGUUCAAGACAUUCUCAUUCGCCAGCGAGUUCCUGCAGAGGGAACGACAGCUUAGUAACAAACGGGACUGCUAGCCAGAGAGAAACAAAUGAAGAAUCGUGCGAUGUGUGUGGCAGCUGCUCAACACACUACGUGAGCGUUAGUCUGGGGUUGAGUGAGUGGGAGACGCUUUCUCCAAAUCAAAUAAAACUGCGGCAGUGUUUUGAUGCGCCUAUUGAUUCGAUCGCUGUGCCCUCUAGCGAAACGCACCGUUCAUUAGCACAUGAACAGCAGCGACAGCUACUGGAAACGAUUAUGCAAAAGCAUUCAAGGAAACGGAUCAAGAGGGUGACGGAUUAUAUCCUUGGGCCCAUCUGUGGUGAGGGUACAUUAAGCACUGUUCGAGACGCGAUUAACAUAUCAUCAAACAAUGUUGAUCCGUUUCGGUUUCAACGUGUAGCCAUCAAGUGCUAUAAACAAUCCGAUUCUAAACUUAGCGAAGGGGCAGGCAGCUCUGAUUGUUCACAACUGUCUUCACUGGCGUCUGCAACGAGGCGUCAGCAGGACGAGCUGCAGCGUUUGCGUGAGGCUGAGAAACGAAAUUUGCAGUGCUUCUACUCCACAAAUAUUGUCCGCAGUAUUGACGUCUUCUCGCAUGAGGGGAAGCAGUACAUCGUGCUACCUGCGGCUAUUUGUAACUUGGAACAACUGGUGCAACUCGCCAAAUGCCAGAACCGUUGUGCUUCUUGUGAUUCAGUGAGAGGCAAACGAAAUAUGAUUCCAUCUUCAAAGGAUGGAGUUGAUGGCAGAUUUGAAUUGAUGCCCUCUCUGGGGAAACCAGCAGGAAAGUUGCCCCAAAAUGAUGUCAGCCUCUGCACAGGCGCUGCGAGUUUGCAAAAAAUGUCCCCAUAUAGGAAAGUUACCUCACUUUUUGCGGCGGAGGUGGUGAGGAGCAUUAUGAACCAACUGCUUCGCGGAGUUGCAUAUUUACACCGUCAGGGCGUAGCUCACAAUGACCUGAAACCGCAAAACAUACUUCUGUUUGCCGAUGGCUUGGUAAAGAUAGGCGAUUUGGCGAGCGUGUCUGUGAACUACACUGGUCAUGGAACUCCAAUGUACUUGUCUCCAGAGAUCUGUAGAUAUUUUUAUGAUGCGGGGAAUGAGACGAACGGUAGGGUUGCAGUGGUGGAUGCCCUCAAGAACGACAUGUGGGGGUGCGGCGCCAUCCUUUACUAUCUGUUGACGGGGAACACCCUGUGGGAGGACGGAGCGAACUGCCAGAACGUAUAUCAAUUAUAUCGUAUAAUUGCGGAGCGGAACACGCCUGUUAGCCUUUCUCAUAUUAAUAUACCUGCGGAAACCGAGGAUGAACUGAUAUCCCGUCUUACAGAGUCAGAGAAUAUUUCUUUUAGGGCCACGGGUGGGUUGCGUCGCCCAACCGCUUUUCCACACACAUCUCUUUUACACUUGGCGGCGGGUUUGUUGGACGUCAAUCCCGCUACGCGAUUAACUGCUGAGGAGGCUGUUCGACACCCAUCGCUGCAAGCCCCUCCGGUAGAUGAUGUGCAUGAUGCCUUUCCAACUGAUAUGACACAAGGGGAUGUGAUGAAGGUGAUGUUGGAGUCGCCGUAUUACCAGCAGCUCAUUAAGUGGGAUCGGGAACGACAUUUACAGUUUGCAGCGGAAUGUUCCCAUGUUUUGGGUUUGCAGAUACCAGAGGAGAUAUGCGUUUCAGCUCAAAAGCGUGCGGCCGAUGGUUGUGGCAUGGAGGCGGAUGUGACGGACCCGCUGCUGAGAUUACCAAGUUCAAUUUACCGUUUAGUGGGGACUGUAAACCCUUCACUUUUCCUCCCCACGGAUGAGUUUCAUCACUACUUGAGGAAGUUGAAGGUGCCAAACUAUGAUGUAUCGUCUCUAAGGGCAAAUCCCUCUGCUGUGAAGAUGAUGGAGGAUUAUCUUCAUACCGUGAUGAUGGAGUGCGGCUACACCGGAAGCGUCAAUACACGGGAGCGGAGCGGGUCGAAAGAAGACCAAAACGGCAUAAAGCUUUCGACAAGUCAGCUGACAACACGCUCCAGGGAGGACACGUCGCAUGGUUUGGCCACUUUUAAAGACGAUGAUCAACCAGAAACUUUGGAUCGUGUCUUAACUGACAUGCCAAGUGACGGUCGCCCUAACUUCUGCUGCAUUAUCAUGUGA